AUGGAACAACAAAAGAAAAUUCGCCGCAGGAACAGAGUGCCUCAUUUCUACAGUGAAGAUGAUGUUCAAAAGUGCCUCGCAAGUAUCAGAAAUGGAGAAAAAACUAUUUAUGGUGCGUGUAGACUGCACGGAAUACCUGAGUCAACUAUCCGCUUUCGCAUGAGUGGAAAAUGGAGCGAAAAAUUGACUAAAGGGCCUCCAACAAUUCUUUCUCCGGAAGAGGAACGGGAAAUUGUAGCAUGGCUUAAAGCGAUGGAGCGCAAGGGUUUUCCUGUGGUAAAACAGUCUCUAUUAAGUAAAAUAAAGUCAUUUUUCAAUUCCUGUGGUAGACCUAAUCAUUUUAAAGAUAACGUACCAGGAAGAAAAUGGUUCACCCGGUUUCUGGCUCGUCACAAUGACAUCACAGUCAGAACUCCAGAACAAGUAACAGCCGCAAGCUCAAAGGUAUCUGAAUCGGACAUUAGAGGUUGGUUUAAAAUGGUUGGGGACUACUUGGUAAGCGAAGGAUUAUCGGACGCCCUUGAAGAUCCUCAGAGAGUAUACAAUGGGGACGAGACUUCAUUUUUCUUGCAUCCUACUACCAAGGCAGUGCUGGCUACAACGGGAAACAAAAAUGUGUAUGAAGUUCAGCAUGCCGAUGGACAUUCAAACGUAACUGUAAUGUUCAGUUUUGGAGCUGACGGGAGCGUUGUUCCGCCGGAUGUGAUUCUACCGGCUCAGAGGAUCCGUCCAGAAACCCUUCACCAGUUUCCUGGGGAAUGGGGAGUUGGAAAAAGUCCAAAUGGUUAGAUGAACGUCGAAAAUUUUAUGUUGUACGUGAGGAAAAUUUUCUAUCCUUUCCUUCUCAAGAAGAAAGUCAAAUUCCCGAUCAUCUACUUUUUCGACGGACACUCGUCACAUACAGCGCAGGAAGUAGCAGUUUUGUGUUUGGAUCUUGGAAUCGUUUUAGUAGCACUUUAUCCGAACACGACACGAAUAACUCAACCAGCGGACGUUGCAAUAUUCAAGCCAUUAAAAAGCGCGUGGAAAUCAGCUGUCAUAGAGUGGCGAAUGGAUAAUGGGGGAGAUAUAUUGUCGUUGCAGCAUUUUCCGUCUGUACUUCAGAGAGCAAUGGACUCAGGAAUUAGACAACCCAGUAUCAUCAACGGUGAACUAUCAUGCGAUGCCACAAACUUGGAUCAAACAAUAACGGUACCAAAUGAUCAGUCGCCAACACCCGACUGUGUGGACAUCGAUAUCUCCCAAGAUUACGUGUUAAUUCCGAUCGGUACGAUUAAGGAAGCAUUAGACGACAUAGGUACCGAACGUCUAUCAAGGAUAAGAACUCAUCAAAGCUUGACUGAAGAAGAAGAAAUUAUUCGUUCUCUGUACGAGAAACUGCUGGCACCACAACUGUCGCUGCUACCUGUAGGUGGCAUGAGUGAAACAGAUAUUAGUGUUUCAGAUGGUCAGCCUGUGCCGAAUACCGAAGUAUCUAUUCAAGACAAUGCUACUAUUGGUGACGAAGUCAGUGGAAAUGAGUUAUGCGGGGAACAGCAUCUGUACUGA